AAAUGUUUUUCUUAUCAACAGCAAGUUACCGUAGGACGGUGUCUUAUUUAUAAAUGGAACUGAUAUAACUAUUAAAACUACAAGUCCUUUUGUGUGAAUAUAUCAGUAAUUUUAUAGAUAUCGAGGUGUGCAGACGUGCUGAAUAGUAUUACUUUCAAGAACCAUGAAGCUGUACAAACUGGACAUGAGCCCUCCGGCGCGCGCCACCAUGAUGGUGGCUGAGGCCCUGGGGGUGAAGGUGGACACCGUCGACGUCAACCUCAUGAAAGGGGACAACAGAACGCCCGAGUAUCUUAAGAAAAAUCCGAUCCACACCGUCCCCCUUUUAGAAGACGGAGACCUCAUCCUUCACGACAGUCACGCCAUCGUCACAUACCUGGUGGACAAAUACGGCAAGAGUGACGCUCUGUACCCCAAGGACGUGAAGAAGAGGGCUCAGGUGGACCAGAAGCUGUACCUGGACGCCACCAUCCUGUUCCCCCGGCUGAGGGCCGUCACCUUCCUCAUCAUAACCGAGGGUCUGAAGAAGCCGUCCGACAAGAUGCUCAAGGACAUCGAGGAGGCGUACUCCAUCCUCAACAGUUUCCUGUCCACCAGCAAGUAUCUGGCGGGAGACCAGCUCUCUCUGGCCGACAUCAGCGCCGUGGCCACCGUCACCUCGCUCGUGUAUGUGCUGCCACUGGAUGACGCCAAGUACCCCAAGGUUGCAGCAUGGCUGAAAACCAUGAAAGAUCUUCCCUUCGUGAAAUCCAAGAACGAGCCCGGAGUAACUCAAGUUGGACAGUGGAUCACUUCCUCAUUAACUUCUAAGUAACUUUAUUAAUUUGAUGUUUGUUUUAUGUUGUUGUUAAUUUAAUAAAUUUAAUAAAGUAUGUA